GCUGAGCAGCACAGGACCACACACAGUCUCACUGAGCCAGUAGACAUGGAGGAUGGGAAGCCUGAUAUGCUGCUGGUCAAAGUGGAGACAAUAGAAGACGGACCAGAGAGCAUUGAUCUGCUGAGUGGACUAAAGAUGGGGGAGCAAGGUGGUUGGCUGGAGGAUGACAGAGGAGACUGGGCGGCCAUCUUGGAUUCCCAGACCCAGAUGGGUGCAGCCAAUGACCCAGGGGAUGACAUCACUGAGCAGGCCAGGGACAGAGGUGACAUAGUGGAGGUCAGUGGAUGGGACAGCAUCUUCAACUCUGGGCUGGAGAACAACACUGUUAACCACAACCAGAAACAGACUGUCGAACACAAAACAACAACCGAACUUAGUCUCCGUGACAACAGACUGGCUGAGACCAGGGCGAGGCGUAGAUUUAGUCUGCGAGGACGGGUAGGUGUCGGUAUGCGGCUGGAGAAAACAGACACCGACUCGGCUAGAGAUGCUCCGUCCUGCUCCUAUAGUUGUGAUUCAGAGAGACUGAUGGCGCCUCAGGUUAACCCCCUAACAGGUGCUGCCUUCAUCCUGCCUUCUAUAGGAUCUGUCAACUGGAACAUGGACCCUGCGACAACACAGACACUCCCUGGCCUUCAUCCUCCUCACACUCUCCUAAUGUUAAACCAGACCUCAGACAAUGUCAGUGCCUCAACAUUAAAUGGCUACACAAGCCCAUUGACGAAUGACAGUAGUAGAGACGGAAUCAGUAAAGGUGGCAGUGCCAAAGAGAAACGCUUUCCGUGUUCAUUCUGUGGGAAAGCCUUCCGUUUGCCCAAACAGGUGGAGAUCCAUCAGAGGAUGCACACAGGGGAGAAACCAUUCGGCUGCCACCUGUGCCGGGCCAGUUUUUCAGACUCGUCCAACCUGAAGAGGCACCAGAGGGUCCACACAGGGGAGAAACCCUACAGCUGCCCCCAGUGUGAGAAGAGGUUCUCCCGCCAGCACCAUAUGAAGAUGCACCUGAAAGUCCACACGGGAGAGAGGCCAUUCGCCUGUACACACUGCGGGAAGAGGUUCUCAGAGAGGAGUUACCUCAGGAUACACCAACAGAAAAUGUGUAGUGACAUGUAAUAUAGUACUAGUUAGUACUAAUUCUGUUGGUUUUGGAUGUAGUAGGGAACUGGAUGAGGUGAACUGAAGAAAUAAUGAAUAUGAUGAGACAGAGAAGAUCAGGGGUCAGCAUCAGGAUUUGGGGGAUUUUUGUUUUUGGUCAAAAAAAGACUAAAAUCACCAGGAAUUCAGAUGAAAAUAUUCCCACAAAUAAAUAAAAAGUGUCUCAAUGUAAUCAAGGUAUGACAUUCUCUUUCUUUUCAAAUACAGUUUCUUUGCGCUUAGUUUUGGUCAAUUUGCAGUGUAGAAAUUAUAAUUAUUUUCCAUCCCCUGACAAAAAUCAGCCCACGGCUGAAUCUAGUUGCCUACCCCUGUAGUAGAUAAUAUGAUGAUGGUUGGUGUAUGCAAAUAUGCUUCACUGAUGAAAGGGACAACCGUGUCCUGUUUUUCUUUAGUACUUUUACCUCAUUUUCUCCCCAAUUGGUAGUUACAGUCUUGUCCCUUCGCUGCAACUCCCCUACGGACUCGGGAGAGGUGAAG